AUGCCAUACACAGGGUACGAGAAGGAAGCUGAUAAGAAUGAGUUGUUUAAUUUACGACAUUCCUCGUUGCGCAAUUGCAUUGAGUGUACGUUCAUGCUCUUGAAGAAAAGAUUCAAGAUAUUGAAAAAUCAGCCAGAAUAUCCUUUUAAGAUGCAAAUCAAGAUUGUGAAUGUCUGUAUUCUUCUUCACAAUCAUAUUCUGACUCAAAAUAAUAUUGAUAAAGAGGAGGCCUUUUUCGAAGCUGAGGAAGAAGAAGCAUCUACUUCCAAUAGUACAGCCACAGCAGUAGAAACAGAUGUGGAAUAUGAAAAUGAUGACAAUGAUGUUGAAGAUGUUAGUAAUAUUGACUGGGAUCAAUUUCGAGAAGGCAUAGCUGACAACAUGUGGGAUAGUUGGAUGGCAGGCGAUGUUGAUGAUGAUGAUAUGUCUGAUGAUCUCAAUGAUUUUGAUGAUGUGAAUGAUUCAAAUUGA